AUGUCAAGUCUCCGCCUGUCAGCUUCCCACCUUUUGCUCAAUUUGUUCACCAUAUAUAUAUAAAAAGGAGGAGGUUUAGGCAUUUUGAUCUGGGAAAUGCGAAGUGCAGGGAUGAGUUAUGCCUGUCGAUCCCCUAAGGGAUCUUCCUCCAGAGUAGUACACCCUCAUUCAAGUACCGGGGGUCAUUCAUCUUCGUCAACCCCAUCACCACCACCACCACCCUAUGGCCUGUUUAUCUCCGUCAAAUUCUCUGCCGCGGUAUAAACCACGAGGGUGGCCGGCGAGGGCUGGCUGGCGGAGCACCGACCCCAUUUAAGCUUGGGGCGGCUGUGUUAAGUUAUCGCAGGUGGAUGUAGGCAGGCCAACCGAGGCCGCUGGAGGGGCGCCCAUUAAGACCCUGCAAAAAGCUCAGUCCAGUGGCUUCCACCGCCAUAAUGGAGCCCGUACGACGAGCUACGUCGCGUCGUGAGUCCACGUGGUAACAAGCCAGUCCAGGCCUCCCUCGGUCGGUCUGAUCGCACCCGUGGGGUCUCUGGCCCAGGAGAAAUCCGAUGUCCUCCGUUAUACCUGUAAAGAGAGAGAUAGAGAUAGAGAGAGGGAGGGAGGUAGAGGACUUGAACUUCGCCGGCCACCAACGGCGUAAGACGGUAGGCAAACAACAGCACUGCAAUCGGAGGCGAUACGGGCCAUAAUGGCCGUCGCCACGGCGGAGGACACAACGGGAGCGUACGGCGGCGGAGGAGGAUGAACAAGAGGAGAGCGCGCCCCUAGAGCGUCCCCUGGCUCCAUUAGGUUGAGGACCGCCGCCGCCGCCGCCGCCGGAGGAGGAGGAGGGCGGUAAUUUCAUUGCGAUCGCCGCCAGCCUCUUCGUUGUAGAUCCUGUUCAUCCUCCUACUCGUAAUCUUCCGCCCGUGGAGAUCCAGAAGAACGCUAGUUAUCGGAGGACCUUCGGAGACGGUCAUCGACCAUCAAAGAGCGAUAAAAAUGAAUGA